AUGGCACAUUCGAUAAUUCAGAAUUUUAUAGAGAGGGCUUGCAAUCCGGCUUUAAAUGAACCUGAUUUGGCCUUAAAUUUAGAAAUUGCUGAUUUAAUUAAUCAAAAGAAACAAAAUUAUCCGCGAGAUGCAGCAUUUCACAUUGCAAGAUUAAUUAAUCAUAGAAAUCAAAUUGUCUCGUUGCUUGCUUUAACGCUUUUGGAUAUAUGCGUAAAGAAUUGUGGCUAUCCCUUCCAUUUACAAGUAGCCACGAAGGAUUUUUUGAAUGAAUUAGUCCGGAAAUUUCCUGAAAAGCCCCCUAUAGUACCUAAUCCUGUUCAGCUUCGAAUAUUAGAAUAUAUUCAAGAGUGGAGAUCGACGCUAUGUUCUACAUCUCGUCAUAAGGAAGAUUUUGUACAUAUUAGUGAUAUGCAUCGUUUGCUCACCUUCAAAGGAUAUAUUUUUCCUGAAGUUGAUACGGAGUCUGUUGCGGUCUUAAAUCCUGCUCAAACAUUAAAAUCAAAGGAUGAACUAGAGGAGGAAGAUCGUAUUGUAAAAGCUGCGAAAUUACAAGAAUUAAUUCGUAGAGGUACUCCUUCGGAUCUUGUAGAGGCUCAGGAGUUGAUGAAAAUUAUGGCUGGCUAUGACCCGGAAACCCGACCAGACUACCAGAAACAAGCAGACGAAGAAUUAGAACGCAUACAACGAAAAUCUGUGCUCCUGAAUGAUUUGCUGAAUAAUGUUAAACCGGGUGAACAAAUUGGCGGAGAUGUAUAUGAGGAACUAGCACAAUCUUGUAAAGCUGUACAACCAAAAAUUCAGCGACUCAUUUCAGAAGAGGAUGAUUCAGAGAGCAUUGAUCGGCUUCUAUUAUUGAAUGAUACAAUAAAUACUGUAUUGAAAAGAUAUGAAGAUAUCUCCAAAGGGAUUUUUGAACAAGAAGAAGAUACCGUAACAUUAUCUCAACCAAAAAUAGAAAAUUCUUCCGAAUCAUGGUUAAUUGAUCUUGAGGAACCGGAUCCUCCAGCAAAUGAGAUUGUACUGACAUCUACUUUGAAUACAGAUAAUACAGUUGCUCCUAACAACUCAUCAACCAGAAAAGGAACUGCAAUUGAUGAUUUACUUGUCCUCAUCGAUUCUACAUUAAUACCUAAACCAAAAUUCUUAAAUCAUAAUCGUUACAUUACAACUAAAUCUUCAACUGCUGCCAUCAUUUAUAAAACUAAUCACCCACGGAAAAAGGUUCCACCCUUACCUCAAAUUGCACCUCCGACACUAUCUGCUGAGGAAGCUGUCACCAAUAUUAUAUACAAUACUCCUGCGCCAUCACAUAUGCCGGUAAAAAGACACAUUUUGAAUUGUUUAGUGCAGAAUGAACCCGGAGUUUUGAGUCGUGUGAGUGGAAUUCUAGCCGCUCGUGGGUUCAAUAUUGAUUCUUUGGUUGUGGCGAGUACGGAAGUAGCCGAUUUAAGUAGAAUGACUAUUGUUUUGCGAGGACAAGACGAUGUACCUGUUUGGGCCGUUUUGGACUAUACAGAAACAACAAUAGUAGAACGCGAAUUACUAUUGGAUAACGCGUCUGAUCCAAUUAAGCCGAAAUUUGACGAAGCUCUUUCCCCAUCUGCAGCUUUGAGACAAAAAAAUUCACAUCUUCAUGCUCUUAGCGAUUUGGCAAAAUUAUUUAGUGGAAAAUUAGUGGAUGUUUCCAGUCAUAGUGUAGUUAUAGAAUUAUCAGCUAAACCAAUAAGAAUAGAUGCUUUUCUAAAAUUAGUAAAACCGUUUGGUAUACUGGAAGCAGCCAGAAGCGGUAUGAUGGCAUUACCACGUACUCCAAUUCAUGAUCGAUCAGAAUCAGAAGGUUUAUUAGAAGAUGAGGAGGGUGAAGGUGUAGAUGCUACUAUGUUACCUCCUGGUUAA